AUGAAAAGAGGAAUUACCUACAUCAUCACAUUAGUUUCAAUAGGCUUAUUGUACUUUGGCUCUUUAUAUGUCGUAUCAAGACCAUCAACAGCAUGCUUGAGCUCACUUGUGAACGAGAGAGCAGACCUCACCAACCGAGAAGCUGUCGACAAUGGUGGAGCACAAGUGCCCUUAUCCAACGAAGAUGUAGUCAAGCAGGAUCCCGAAACAAUUGAUGAGAUAGAUGAUCAAUAUACCACUGCCGAGCCCGAAGAGUCAUUGUUUCAAGAAGAAAGAGAGAAAGCUGCUAUUGUGGUCUUAGUGAGAAAUAAUGAGCUGGCAGCAAUGAGAAGAACAUUGCGACAAUUCGAAGAUCGCUUUAAUCGCAAAUACAACUAUCCCUAUGUCUUUUUGAAUGAUGAGCCAUUCACUGAUGAAUUCAAGUAUGCGAUAUCUGUCAUGACAAACGCUGAAAUUAAAUUCGGGCUUGUACCUUCAAGUAUGUGGUCUGUACCCGAUCAUGUUAAUGAAACUGUAAUGAAUGCUCAACUCGCCGACUAUGCUGCCCGUAACAUCAUGUAUGGUGGCUCAUUGUCUUAUCGUCAUAUGUGUCGCUUCAAUUCUGGCUUCUUCUAUCGUCACCCCCUCUUGGCCGAAUACGAUUAUUACUGGCGUGUGGAACCAGGCGUCAGUUUCUUUUGCGAUCUUGAUUACGAUCCCUUUAAAUUCAUGAAGGACAACAACAAGGAAUAUGGAUUUACGAUCACACUCAAAGAAAUUCCAGAGACUAUCCCUACGCUUUGGGAACAUACCCUCAAAUUCGCUCACCAACAAGAACUCAAUACUACCCUCUUACGAUUUUUUGGUAGCCCUUCUGGCGGUUACAAUUUGUGUCACUACUGGUCCAACUUCGAGAUUGCAAGUCUGAAUUUAUGGAGAGAUGAUCGUUAUCAGAAAUACUUUGAUUAUCUUGAUAGUACCGGCAACUUUUUCUAUGAAAGAUGGGGUGAUGCUAUUGUACACAGUUUAGCAGCAGGCCUCUUUUUGAACAAGAGUCAGGUACAUUUCUUCAACGACAUUGGUUACAAGCACGAUGACUUUUCCCAUUGCAUCGACGAUGGUAUCUUUGGUAAAUGCAUGUGUCCUGAAAAUGUGCCAAACUUCGAUUACAGCUGGGGCUCUUGUCUUUCGGAAUGGAAAAACUAUGCUGAAGAAGGACAUCGAUGGGAUUUUAAAAAGAAUGGAGAUCAAUAUUUGGAGCAGGGUCAAGUGUUUCAAAACCCUGGAGGCGUUGCCAUUGAUAUAAAACUUGAUUAA